UUGAGCUGCAUGCACAUGCAUCAUCUACCCAGCUAGCCUGAUUAUUGUUAGCUAGGCACAUAUAGCUAGUGUACACCAUAGGAAAGCGAUGAGCAACUUGACGAGUAAUAUUACCAUUAGCAUUACCCAUGGUGGCCGUCUCCUGGCACACUUCUGCAACGGCGAUGGAUCUCAGAGCAUCGACAAGUACGUCCACAACGUCACAACCUCGUACGCCGACACGGGCAAAGAGUCGUCCAUGGCAUCGGCGUCCAUCAUCAUGUUCGUCAUCGCCGGCCUCUUCUUCGACCUAAGCCUCUUAAGCAGCGUCUCCAACGCCAGCUCCUUCCUCAACCCCACCUUCCGCUUCGUCCUCUCCGGCGCUGUGUCCCAAGUCCUCCCCGUCAUGUCCUACCUCUUCUCGGAGGCCAAGAACGCCGGGUCCGGCUCAAAGCCCGACCUCUCGCUACAGGCUGGUAUGAUCCUCCUCUGGAUGCUCCUGGUGGAGCUCCUGCGCAAGAAGGUUGACGUGAUCCGCAUGACUGGCUACUCUGGCACAAUGCAGCGUGCCGGCCGUGUGGUCUGGCUCGGCAACCUCGUCUUCUUCAACAUCGGGAGAGUCGGCCGGAAAGCAGUCUUCGGCGUCCUCUGGGUCGUUUGCGCUACCAAGGUGGUGCAAAGGAUCGUCUUCACGGAAGUCGGCAAGCGAUCUUACGCCUACAGCAACGGCAAGAACUCCCGCCUCAUUCACAGCUACAUGUCACAAGUGCUACGGCAAUGGCGACCACAGCCACAUGAUCCGUCACCAGACGAGGACAUAGUGGAGCACUGGGCCGCCCAAGGGGAGGCCUUGUUGAAGAACUGCAAGUUCAUCGUCAUGGGUGAAGAAGAUUUGGUUAUUGAACCCACCGUAAGAGGAUACGAGCUGAAGGAAGUCACCUCGGUCGACACCAUCCUCACAGUUGGAAAAGUCUGGCAAACUCUGGAUUCUAGGGCAGAGUUCACUCAAUUGAACCGGCUCAAGAGGUUGUGCCUCUCCUUGGCGCUGUCCAAACUGCUACGACGGAGGUUCGAGCACCUGCCGCAGGUGACCAAGGAAGAGAACCAUGAGUGCUGUGAUCUACUCUUCAAAGGCUUCUACAACGGGACAGAGGAUUCGGCGGCAACGCUGCUCCAGAUGAUAAACGAUGAGGUGAACUUCCUCUGCGAGUACUAUCACUCCAUCAUCCCCGUCGUCCUCGCAGGCCCUUUUUUCUUCCUUUCCAACUACUUGCUGCUCCCCAUGGUGGUGCUCGCCCUGUGCGUCAUGACCGUCAUUCUAUGCGGUGACGGCAACGCUCUCUUUGCCCUCGCCAGCAUCAGAAAUGACUAUUUCGCCAUCUCGUCCGACGUUGUCAAAACCACCAUGUGCCUUGUCAUCAAGGCCAUCUACUCGCCGUUGGCCUUCUACACGAUGGUCGACUUCUGCACCACCUUCCUACUCUUCGCCAUCUUCUUCUACGAGGAGAUAUGGGAGUUCAACGGCUUCCUCCUCUCAAACUGGUUCAUGGUGUCACUGAUGCACAACUAUGUGACAAAGCCGUGGUGGCGUCAUAGCAAGAUGUUUACAGUAUUCAUCUGGGUACAGGGUAAGUUGAGCCAGCCCAUCCCCAACUUCAAGCAGUUCUCACUGUUGAGCCUCCGGUGGCCGCUCAUCCUUGGCGUGCCAUCCAUGUUCUCUCUUCUGCUGCGGACGGCACCCGUGCCGAACAAAGCCAAACACUCCAUCAUGGAAUCGCUUGUGAGGCACAUCCGUGAUGGCACCCCGCUCAACAAUGGAAGCUCUGUUCUCGUGGAUAGAGAAGACCUCUUGCCGGCGUGCAGGAGCAAGAGCAUCGCGGAGGUCAUCCUCACCUGGCACGUCGCCACCACCAUCAUGGAGGCGCAGUGCACUCCUGACAAGGGCAAGCAGGGCAAGGCCUCCCACUACCACAUGGUGGCGACGAGGUUGUCCAAGUACUGCGCCUAUCUGGUGGCGUUCCACCCGGAGCUCCUCCCGGAUAACCAGGACAAGACUGAGCUCGUCUUCGAAGCCGCCAUGGCGGAGCUCAAGCGCAGGCUCGGCUGCGCCGGCUACUACCUCUCGAGUUGGCGCACUAGGGUCUGGAUGGUCCUGGAAAUAACGAGGUGGGGGACGGUGGACUGGAAGGAUGGCGAGGUGGUGCACAACGGCGGGAAACUGGGACGCAUGCUGGUCAAAGACGUUGGGGGAGACAACAACCAGAACCAGAUGGAGGAGACGUGGAAGCUGGUUGCCGACGUGUGGACCGAGAUUGUCGUGUACUUGGCACCAUCUGGUGAUGAUGGGCGCAUUUUCGGGCACGAGAGCGUUCUGGAGCAGGGCGGCGAGUUCAUCACAGUGCUGUGGGCUUUGACCACCCACACCGGCAUUACCCGACCGGAAUUGUAGUAUGUCAUGUGUUGCCCAAUUUGAUAUGUGUGCUCCUAUUUGGUAUCGUAUUGAUUGCAUAUUAUAAAGGGUGUGUGCUUAGACUUACUCCCUCAGUCACGGUUUAGAAGGCAUGUUUGAAAAUUCUUUGGAAUCUAGGUGGUUAUUGAUUGGUUGUGAG